AUGACAACUGUCGUUUUCCUCAUCGGUUCCAGUGCCUCGAUGGCACAAAAAACGUAUCAGGGCACCGCGAUGCUGGAUGUAGCGCGGUCUAUUGUUGAAUUGAUUCUCAAGCAACGGGUGCAUGAUACAAGUGCGCGUGGUGAUCGAUAUAUGCUGAUGUCGUUCGAAGAUUUUCCUAUGAAUGUAAAGGAAACUGUGGAGAGGGAGAAAAAGGAAGGAGAAGCGCCAAAAGACAUCAUUAAGAAUGACGUACAAUUCCUGCAUUUAAAAUGA